AUGUCCUCCGAAGCUACUCCAGCAUCCGCUACCACUAAUACCACCGACUCCACAACCAUCCGUCCCUCCACACCUCCCGAAAAGCGUGUAAUCCACUCUCAAAACCCCACAUCCCCACCACCAGAAACUUCAGCUGCUAAGAAAGUCAAAAUGUCGGAUGAAACUACUCCUUCUAUCUCUGCUGCUACGGAGGCACCAGCUGUUGUACCAGUAUCUGCUGGUCCAGCUUUACAUAUCAAGAAGCUGAACGAUAAGGCACGAGCCCCCACGCGAGGAUCGGCUUUCGCUGCUGGAUACGAUCUCUAUGCUUCUGAAGAUACAGUUGUGCCCAAGGGUGGGAAGGUUUUGGUCGAGACUGGGUUGAGCAUGGCUGUGCCAGAGGGAACUUACGGCAGAAUUGCUCCAAGAAGUGGACUUGCUUCUAAGAAUUUCAUUGAUACAGGAGCUGGUGUUAUCGAUGCUGAUUACCGAGGACCGGUCAAGAUUCUACUUUUCAACCACUCAGAUGUUGAUUUCGAGAUUAAGGAAGGUGAUCGAGUAGCUCAAUUGAUUCUUGAGAGGAUUUACACUCCUGAAGUCGUCGUUGUUGAGAACCUUGAGGAAUCUGUUCGUGGUGCUGGAGGAUUUGGUAGCUCUGGACGUUAA